AAGCGCCGGUGGCUUUAUUGAAAUGCACUUCAGUAUCUUUGGUGUCGUUUUACUGCGUUGCUGCUUCGUUGGCGCUAAUUCGUUGAUGCCUGAUAUUGUCAUAGUCUGGUUGCUCCGCCUGGUAUAUAACAGGCGCCGAUCGUUGCAAGUCGACCUGCUGUCACGAUAAGUCAUUGGGUUAUGUUCAAUGAUUUGUUGCUACCCCUUGAUUGGAUCAAUCCUAUAUCCAAUGUGCAUCUUUCUCAUGUGCCCCGGAACCGCAUAGUACAAUGCCAUGCUCCGGGUGACAUGUAUCCCUGGUUGGCUUGGUUGUUGCUAACAGCGUUGAGUGCCAACGAUUUAUCCAAAUGUAUGACACGAAUCACGGGCACCUCGUAUCUUGUGAUACGUUUUCAUUUUCUUUUGGAUUACAGGAGCUAUGGUCCUGUCAGUACGAGGUGGAAGCCCCUGUACCUUCUCCUUCAAAAAUGUGGACGCCGGAGCGGCUUAUGCAUACCUUGACGUUAGGCGUCGUUGGCUCUCGGAUCCAAUCAAUCUCGCUCCAGAACUCUUUCCCAACACUCUCUGCGCCCCAGCCUGGGUUCAUACUUAGGCAGGAUCAAAACGUGCUGGUUCGGAUUUUGGGGGCCAUCUGUAGAUAUGAAUAUAAGCAUCUUGUCUCCCAUAUUCAAAUGCUAAAUCCACCAGCAAGAUUCGUCAAAGCUUUCUCUGAGAUACAUCAAUCCCUGAGCAUUACUUUAUUCAGUUACCAAUUAUUUCCUUUGUUGAGCUACAUUCCAACUGCCACCGCGACACACCCUUCGAGCUUCAAUAUGUCUGCUAGAUACGUUGCCGGCACAACCAUAAAAACCAUCCAGCACGCUGGGCGUGAGAUCGUUCUGGAGUUUGUAUCCGAAACUACAGAAUGGAAACGCACCUUUAUCGACAAGUCGGUCCUCGAUGAUUUUGCAGCCACCGCCGAGAAAUCCGUCGAUACCCUACGUGCAGAUACCGCCUAUGUUGCUAUGAAGGAGAAGGAGCACGAUAGCAAAAGUGAUCGAAGGAGCCACUUUUCCGUUCUCGAGUUGGAUAAAUCCAAAAACGUCAUGGCAUCUCGUCAUUUGGUCAAGAAAUGAAGCCCACUUUCAUGGGGUAUAUGUGGAACGAUAACGCUCGCUGCGGGUUGGUUUGGUAUUAUAUUUCAAUGUGCUAGGUAGAAGGGUGUCGGAUUGAUAUCAAUAUGUCGGAAACGUAUGAAUCUCAUGUGUAACAAGAUCUACUUCUUAUAUUCUCUGUACCACUAUCUCUCCUAACUAGUUGCAUACAAAAUAUAGGGCUUUUUAUAGGAAAACGAAUGUGCGAGCCAAGAAGCUAGCAAUUAGUGAGUAUUACAAUUGUAGUAGGCUGAUGAUGAUAGAAAAAAUAGUAGUAAUAUGAUGUUAGUGGGGGUCAUAGCAUAUAACCUCUUAUUUCCCAA